AUGUCUCUGCGGACCUUCACCCAGGAAGGAAAAACACACACAGACACAAUGUUGGCAAAUAUGGAGAAUCCUUUUAUUUGUGUGUAUUUAUUUGUGUGUCCUGGGGCCCCUUUAAGGAGGAGGUGCGAGUGGGAUGCCGCGCUGGGGCUGGCCGAGAAGGUCAGCGACGAGUGCGCGGAGGCCGAUUCGACUCGCUCGGAUGCGGAGCCUGCGCGCCGCUGUGCCGAGCAGCGACGGGCACCGGGAGCACAGAUGGACUGCAUGAGCGCCGAUCUAUUGAUGCUGUGGGGGGGCAGACCAGCACGGCCGACACCGAGUCCGUCUUCAAGGGUGGGGAAGGCAAUUUUUCCGAGGGCAGCGCUCGCAGCAUCUUCCAACACGCUGCCACGGGUGAGAGCGUUGCCAAGCAGCAGACCAAGCUAUUCGACAUCUUUUGACGUUGGCGUACAUGUGGCGACGCAAAUUGGAGAGAGGUUCGAUACCUAG